AUUUCGCGGGCACUUAACCCGGAAGAAACCCUAAGCUUGCUCAAACCUCUGUAAAUGGCGGACGAAGCAGCCUCGCUCCUGAACCUCGCCGAGAUCGAAGGCAGAGGGAGGGCUCUAGUGGCGGCUCAGCGGCUGCGAGGCGGCCAAAUCGUCCUCAGGGACUCUCCUAUUCUUCUCUACUCUGCUCUUCCCAUCACCAAACAACCACCUUCUUCUUCUUCUUCUGCGACUACUUGUUAUUGCGCCAAUUGCUUCAAAAUCUUGCCUCAGUCCUCCUCGUCGCAAGCCGUCUCGUGCCCUACGUGCGAUCACCACGCAUUUUGCAGCCCCAGCUGUCUCUCCGCCGCCGUCACGACGUCGCACACUCCUUGGGUCUGUCAAGCGCUGUCUCGUUUGGUUGCUUGCCCUCUGCUCGACGGUCAGCCUCUCGAACGCCAUGUCCAAGCUCGGUUCCUUAUCGCCGCUUGCAAUCUCGCGACCGUCUCUCCUUCGAAUUUCCAGCUACUGCUCUCUCUCCAGGGCCGAGAGGCUCACACGGACGACACCAUUUCGGCAGCGCAGUUCCUGCAUUCGCUGCUCGCCUCGGUUUGUCCUCCCCCUCCUCCGGCUUCGCCUUUCCCUCAGGGGUUUUCUUUUGAAAUGAUCGUCGCGUUGCUUUCGAGGGACAAGCUCAAUGCUUUCGGUUUGAUGGAGCCGGUUUCGUCGCGGGAUGGGGACGAAUUGGAUGGGGAGAGAUCGGUGAGAGCUUAUGGUAUUUAUCCCAGAGCUUCUUUCUUCAACCACGAUUGCCUACCAAAUGCUUGUAGAUUUGACUACGUAGACUCUGCUUCUGACGGUAAUACUGAUAUAAUCGUGCGGAUAAUCCAUGAUGUUCCUCAAGGGAGAGAGAUCUGCUUGAGUUAUUUUCCUGUCAACUUGAAUUAUGCGAAUAGGCAGAGAAGGUUGAUGGAAGACUAUGGGUUCGCCUGUGACUGCGAUCGGUGCAAGGUCGAGGCCAAUUGGUCUGACGAUGAGAAUGAGCACGGCGAUAACCGCGAAGACAAUGAUGGCGACACUGAAGGGAUGAAUGAGGAUGCCGAUGAACAAAUGGGUGGAUUGGAGGCGGGUAUUGGAGAGGAGAAAGAGACCGACUUCCCCCAUGCAUAUUUCUUCCUAAGGUAUAUGUGCAACAGGGAAAACUGCGGCGGGACAAUGGCUCCUUUGCCUCCGUCGGAGUGUGCUCCUUCCAAUAGAAUGGAGUGUAAUGUAUGUGGUCAGCUCAGGAAUGAGGAUGAAGAGGCAGAAGCCGAUGGAGAAGAGGCUAUGGAUGAGUGAGCUCCCCAUUUUUGAUCUUGUAUGAAGCUCUUCUACUUGUAGACUCACUUUCAUGUUUUUCUUUCUAAUCCAUCCUGUGGCCUCGCUCUCCAGCCAAGUCAGGUGUGAGUCAAUACUUAACAGUAGAGGGACCUAGUUG